AUGCUGAUAGGCGCACCAUUCACCGUCUAUUUCUAUAGUGAAUUCGAUAUCAAACCCGAGUCUGCUCAAGUUUUUAGAGGACCAAAUACAGAUCCAAUGCGAGGAUCCCAAGGCCUCGCAAAUGGGCAGCCGAGCUUUCCUAUCUACGACAAUUCCACAGACAAGGAAUCAUCCGGGCCGAUGAACGAUCGUGUUGGUGCGGUGUUUAGCUGGAAGCCAGACACAGAGGCUCGCAUCAUUUCGAAGGUUGGCAUUUCUUUUAUCUCCGUUGAAAAGGCGCGGGCUUUCAUUCGCUCUGAGAUCCCUUCGUGGACACUGAGCGAUACAGUCGAGUCAGCUGUCAAAGAGUGGAACGAGGACGUUUUCAGCAAGAUCCAGGUGGCGCUCGAUGACACCGCAAACUUGACGAAUGGGAUAUAUUCCGAUGCACUAUUAGCUUUUACCACAUCUUCCAGCCCACCUACUACGAACGGCCGCUCCGGCAACUGGAACGGCCUGGUGCAAGGCGGCUCAAAUGCCGACAAUGUGCUAGCCGAUGCCUACGUCAAGGGCCUCCGCGGGGCAAUUAACUGGGCAGACGGCUACGCCGCUAUGAAGACCAACGCCGAGAAAGUCCCAUACAACACCUACGACCCCACGGACUUCAUAGCAAGCACAAAAGAGGGCCGCGGCGCCCUGCUAGACUGGCUCGAGCUCGGCUAUGUCUCACAGGACAGAAGCACUCGGUGUAUCUCGCGGACGGUUGAAUAUAGUCUGAAUGACUUCGCGCUGAGCCAGGUUGCUGCUGGCGAGAUGCCUGAGGAUCGGGAUACCUAUCUCCGCCGCUCGGCUGGAUGGCAGAAGAUAUGGAAUGCCGAGGUGGAAAGUCUGGGCUUCACGGGAUUUCUGGCGCCAAGAUUCUCGAAUGGAGAGUUCAAUAACUCGGGGUAUGAUCCGCUUUACUGCUAUGAGUGCGAGUGGCAUGCGUAUACAUAUGAAGGUGUUCCUUGGGAAUACUCCUUCGUCAUUCCCCAUGACAUGAAAACCCUAAUCGACCUCAUGGGUGGACCUGAGACGUUCGAAGCUCGUCUUGACCUCAUGUUCAAACCAAACACCUCGGUUCAACAGCUCGGCCCCAACGGCGCAGGCAUCACAACACUCAUGAAUAUUGGAAACGAACCGGACUUCGCCACGCCCUAUCUAUACAACUACGUCAACAAACAAUACAAGAGCGUCCAGCGUUCGCGAGAACUAGCUUAUCAAUACUUUCAUGACGCCCCCAACGGCCUCCCCGGCAACUCCGACGCAGGCGCCAUGAACACCUGGCUCCUCUGGCAGAUGCUCGGCAUCUACCCACUCGCAACAACAAAUGUCUAUCUCCUCGUCUCGCCAUGGUUCCCAGAUCUCAAUAUGACGAUCAACGGCGACAAGAAGCUCCGGAUUAUAGCAACGGGGCUAGAGGACGGGGUUUUCGUGCAGAGUGUUCGGAUUAAUGGGACUCUUUGGGAGAAGAAUUGGUUUGAGCAUGAGGAUGUGAUGGUGGAUGGGGGCCUUAUUGAGUUUGAGCUUGGGGGUGAGAUGAAGAUGUGGGAGGUAGGAGAUGUGCCGCCUUCGUUGGGGCAUGUGGAGUUGUAG